AUGGAGCGCAACAUGACAGUUUCGAGUAAUAUCCUACACAUCCAAGGCUUUGACAUACCUCCUGAGUUCAUGUAUCCUCUGUUUUUCCUACUGCUGCUCGUUUACUCUGCCCUGCUCUUUUCCAACAUCGGAGUUCUUGUUCUUAUCAUCACUGAGAAGAGUUUGCACCAGCCGAUGUACAUUCUGUUUUGCAACCUGUCCGUGAAUGAUCUAAUAGGUAACACCGUCUUGGUGCCACAGCUGAUGGCUCACAUCAUUUCCACGGAGCGCUUUAUCACCUACAGCCAGUGUGCCAUCCAGGCCUUCUGCAGCCACACGUUUGGGUCAGCUUCACACAUGAUUCUCAUCAUUAUGGCGAUUGAUAGAUACGUGGCGAUAUGUCACCCCUUAAGGUACAGCUCGAUAAUGACCACCAAAACUGUGAUUGGGCUGUCAGCGUCUGCAUGGGGGUUGUCAUUCCUGCUCGUGUCUGUCCUGAUAGGUCUCACACUGAGGUUGUCCCGUUGUAGAUCAGUGAUACAAAAUGCUUAUUGUGACAACGCAUCACUGUUCAAGCUCUCCUGCGACGACGUGUCCAUCAACAACAUCUAUGGGCUGUUUUUCACUGUGCUACUGUUCAGCUGCUCAAUCGGAGGCAUCGCUGUCACGUAUUUCCGGAUAGCUCUCAUCUGCUGGCUCAAGAAAAACAAAGAGUUGAAUAACAGAGCUAUGCAGACGUGUACGAGCCACCUCGUUCUUUAUCUCAUCAUGCUCUGGUCCGGGUUUUUAACAAUCAUACUGCACCGUUUCCCAGAUUACCCCGAUUUAAGGAAGAUCGCUUAUAUUUUAUUUCAUGUGGUCCCUGCUAAUUUAAAUCCAGUCAUUUAUGGCAUGCAAACAAGGUCAUUACGGGCUAAAAUUAUCCAAAUACUGCAAAGAAAAGUGACUCCAACCUAA